AUGCUGGACUGCGUCUUGGGCAGUCCUGGUUUUAUCCCCUUCCUGAAGGGCGGCUCUUGCCUGGCUCAGGACAACCCAGCAGCCAAUCAGAAAGAUGUUGACCCCAGGAAUCCUGGGAAGUGUGGUCUGGCCCUCUCCAGCUUCAGCCUUGAAGAUGGAACAGUCAACAUUGUGUUGGAAGCUCACAAUUUGGCCAAGGAUCGCCCAGGCUUUCAGUCCUCCCUCUACCCACAUCCGAUUGUUGGAGCAGCGAGCAAAGCCGUGGAUGGGAACUGUGGAGGGGACUGGUUUAAAGAUGGCAGCUGCACCCACACUGGGUUUGAAAUGGAGCCCUGGUGGUACGUGGACUUGGGCGACCAGUACGCCAUCUCCGCUGUGGUGGUGAAAAACCGGGGGGACUGCUGUGGUGAACGACUCCAGGGAGCCCAGAUCCGCGUAGGAGACUCCGUGGCUGACCAUGGCAAGUCCAGCCCCCUUUCUGGGACCAUCACAGACACCAGACUUGGCUCUGUCAGCACCUUGUACUGCAACUGGCUCAAAGGCCGCUAUGUGAGCAUCAGGAUCCCUGGAUGGGCAGAAUUCCUUCACGUGUGCGAGGUGGAGGUCUACGGCACCAAGCCGGAAGACACGUGUUAG